CGGGGAGCGGCCGUUUAUGAUUCAAACCCCGCUCCCCUCACCCGGCAGUGCCUACUGCGGCAGUGGCACUUUCACGUCGCCUGCUUCCCCCCUCCCGCCCCGCUCCCCUUUUUUUUCUCUCUGCUUCUUUUCAAACGCCGCUCGUAGGGUACGGGAUCAAAGAUGGCGGACCGGCGGGUGCCAGGCCGAGGCUGCGCAGUGACGUCAGCGCGCCAGCUCCGCCCGAACCCGGAAGUGCGUCUCCCGCUGUGGGCUGAGCGGCUGCGGCGGGGCGUCUCUCCGGAUAGCGGGUUUCCCAGUCCCUCAGCCGCGCCUGUGGUGAGCGGCCAUGGCGGCGGCUGCCGAGCUGCAAGGGAAGUACCAGAAGCUGGCUCAGGAGUAUUCUAAGCUUCGAGCUCAGAACCAUGUACUGAAAAAGGGUGUGGUGGAUGAGCAAGCAAAUUCAGCAUCACUGAAGGAACAACUGAAAAUGAAGGACCAGUCGCUCAGAAAGCUGCAGCAGGAAAUGGACAGCCUGAGCUUUCGAAACCAACAGCUGGCAAAGAGGGUAGAGCUGCUUCAGGAUGAACUUGUCCUAAGUGAAUCUAAAGGCAAGAAGAAUAAGACCGGCGAACCCGCAUCCCAGUUAAGCCAAGAACAGAAAAACGUAUUUGAUGAAGACCUUCAGAAGAAAAUAGAAGAGAACGAGCGGCUGCAUAUUCAGUUCUUUGAGGCCAAUGAGAAACACAAUCUUUUGGAAACUGAGCUGAGAAGCAAGCUGGAGGUCUUGGAGAUGGAGGCUGCGCAGCACCAAGCCGUGGUGGAUGGCCUCACUCGGAAGUACAUGGAUACAAUAGAGAAAUUGCAAAGCGAUAAAGCCAAGUUAGAAAUCAAAUCUCAGACGCUAGAGAGAGAGGCCAAGGACUGCAGGGUUCGAACAGAAGAAUGCCAGCAGCAGUUAAAGCACCUUCAUGCGGACUUGAGCAGCAGAUUGGGGGAGUCCUUGAACAUCAUCAGUGAAAAAGUUCCUUUCAAUGAUACCAGGUCCAGCCAGUAUAAUGCUUUGAAUGUGCCAUUACACAGCAGAAGGCGGCAGUUGAAGCUGCGUGACCUUGCUGGCCAAGCGCUGGCCUUUGUUCAAGAUCUGGUGACGGCCCUUCUGAAUUUCCACACCUACACAGAACAGCGAGUCCAGAUUUUCCCUGUUGAUUCUGCCACAGAUGCAAUAUCGCCAUUAAAUCAGAAGUUUUCGCAGUACCUUCAUGAAAACGCAUCCUACAUUCGCCCCCUGGAAGAAGGAAUGCUACACUUGUUUGAGAGCAUCACUGAGGACACUGUCACAGUUCUGGAGACAACUGUGAAAUUGAAAUCCUUUUCUGAUUACUUAGCAUCUUAUGUCUGCUUUCUCAGGAAGAUUCUUCCUUAUCAAUUGAAAAGUUUGGAAGAAGAGUGUGAAUCUUCUCUUUGCACAGCUGCGUUAAGAGGCAGGAACAUGGAGCUGCAGAGAGACAUGAAGAAGCUGACUGCAGUCUUUGAGAAGUUGCACACCUACAUUAAUCUUCUUGCCUUACCUAGCACAAAUCCAGACCGUCUGCUUCGUACAAACUUCAGCUCUCUGCUCACAUACAUUGCUUCAACCCUUAAUGGAUUUCACGAUGUCAUGAAAGAUAUUUAUAAGCAUUAUAGUCAAAAAGCUGCUUUGGAGCAAGAGCUCCCCACAGCCACGCAGAAGCUCAUCAACACCAACGACUGCCUCUUAUCAUCUGUGGUGGCAUUAACAAACGGAGCCGGCAAGGUUGCUUCAUUCUUCAGCAAUAACCUAGACUGCUUCACUGCAUCGCUGAGCUAUGGGCCUAAGGGAGGAAUGGAGUUUAUCAACCCCCUCUCGGCGGAGUGCAUGCUUCAGUACAAGAAGAAAGCAGCUGCUUACAUGAGAUUGCUGAAGAAGCCAUGUUGCGAUUCAGUGCCUUAUGAAGAGGCCUUGGCCAACCGCAGAGUUCUUCUGAGUUCCACGGAGAGCAGAGAAGGCCUUGCACAGCAGGUCCAGCAGAGCUUAGAGAAGAUUACGAAACUGGAGCAGGAGAAAGAACACUGGAUGCUGGAGGCCCAGCUGGCCAAAAUUAGGUUAGAAAAAGAGAACAAAAGAGUAAGCGAUAAGCUCAGAAACUCUGUGGGCAACCAGAGGAUUGAGGCAACCCAGGAAAGCCUCUUCACACUGAAUGCAGAUGAACAGGAGAAGGAGGAUGCUGCAGAGAAGGCUUUGCGGGAACCAGUUCAAACUGCAAGUCUUGUCGGGAUGUUGAUAACCACUGAAAAUGAAGAGGCUCCAGAAGCCGACACCCGGGAAGAUUUGAUAAAGAACCACUACAUGGCAAGAAUAGUGGAGCUUACAUCUCAGUUGCAGCUGGCUGACAGCAAGUCUGUACAUUUCCACGCAGAGUGCCGGGCACUUGCAAAGCGACUUGCUCUGACUGAGAAAUCUAAAGAAUCCUCACUGGAAGAGGUGAGACAAGCUAGACAGAGCAUCACCAGGUUGCAGGAUGAGUUGACGACGACCAAGAGAAGUUAUGAGGAUCAGUUAAGCAUGAUGAGCGACCACCUCUGCAGUAUGAACGAAACAUUAUCCAAACAACGGGAGGAAAUAGAUACACUAAAGCUGGCUAGUAAGGGAAAUUCCAAGAAGAACAAAAGUCGAUAGUAUUGGUUGUCCAACUGUCUUGGAUGUUGCUGAUGCACAGAAACACGGAUGCUGAAACUGAUGUUCAGCUGGCAAAAUGCCUCUUGGACUGGACAUGGCUGCAGUGGUGGGAUUACCAGUGUUUGAUUUGGUGUUGCAUUUGGAUUUGAGACAGCACCAGAUUUCACCAGCCGGUGUAAUGCAAACUGGACUUGGCGUGUUCAGUAGAGCAGAUGGGGAAAAUAGGCACUCCAUGGAUAACUUGCAUAGGAAUGAACCAUAACUUUUUACCAUACCACUUUGUAACUGCUUUUAGUUUCCUUGUACAAACUUCCAAGAUUUUGUAUAUUUGAGUGCAUAUUGAGAUGAACAAAUCUGACACCAGUGUGGUACUUGUCUCUUUCUGCCUAAGAGGUUGUCAUUCCUACCCGUCCAUUCCUUUCUGUGAACUAAAAAGCAGAAGAAAAGCCCAGAGCUAUCAGUGUUUUUCAGUGAUGUCCACCUGUGCAGUUAUUGUAAAAAAAAAAUACUACUGAUUCCGGUCUUCUCUUCUAGACUAGCUUAGAUUGCCUUAGAGAGGCAAUCUCAGUACAUUUAUAUUGAAGCAUUCAAUGCGGCUGUGACUAUUCAUAUUAACUGUAAUGAACUAUUAAAAGUGUACAGUAGUGGUCUUUUUUUUUUUAAUCAAGUGCAGAAAGUGGGCCAAAGAAGGUGUUCUUGAAUUGUGCUGAAGGGUGAUAUUUUGUCUGUUUCUGUUUGUUACUUUUCUCAUAAGCCGGUGAUAGAGAAAUGACUGCCUACAGCUGGAGGAAGAUGUGAGAAUAACAAACAGUGCUGACAAGUGGCUUCUUGCGAAGACCUUUCAUUUCAAUAGGAGUGGGACAGUACGCAUGAUGGGCCAUCAGUAUUUCUGUUUCAAACGCAGCUUGUUGCAUUGAAGCAGGCUAAGAAAUCACUGAAUCAGCAAAGCUGUGCAGAGAGGGCCUGGUUCAAAUACUGAUGUAAACCUUCACAUGGGUCUGUGGUGCUGUUCUUUGGAAGCCUGCCUGCCUUCCCCAUCUUCAACCACAUAGUAAUUUGACCGUUUUUAAAACUUCCUUUUUUCUCUAGAGGGGUGGAGUGGAGAUGCUUUCGCACGCUCACCCAAGUUUCACAUUACAACUUCCAUGUGGCAAUGUAGGCUCUUAAUUCCUGAAAUGCAGCAAUGCCUUGCUGCUUGAAGCUUAUCUUGGCACUUUCAAAGUCUGAGCCAGUCCCUUCCUGAAGAUUGUUCUGUGUCAUUUUGGAAUCGCCCAAAUGAUGUCUUGGUGUUCUAAAAAAUUAUUCCCAUUCCAAGUUUUCUUCCUUGGGAAGAUUUUUGACACUAACCUGAGGUCUUUUCAACACAGUAUUCCAUGGGAGUUCCUCGCCAUUCACAAGAAACUCCACUACUGAAUAUUUCACAAUGAACUAUUUCUGUACCCCCGUAAGGGAUAGUAGCUGUCCUAUGUUCAAGGGUUACUUCAUUGUAUCAACCAUGUCAAUGUGUAUUACGAGCAUAGAAUAAAUAUACCGCCAAGUCAAAACUUUCGCUGUCAGACUUUUAUGUUUGUGUGCUCCUGCGUUAUAUGUGGUUUUGAGCAAAACUGCCUUUGGACAUGUCUGUGUGUCCUGACUUUUAAUGGUUUUUAAUAUUUAUAGCUGCAGUGUUUAAGAUAAUACAGUAGAACCUCUACUUAUGACCGCCUCUACUUGGGCACGAUCCAAAUCGCGACUGCGGCAAACCCAGAAGUAAAUACCGGGUUUGCCGAGAUUCAUGCACAUGCAGAAGUGGCUUCUGCCAUUUGUGUACACGCAGAAGCGGCUGCCACCGUCUGCACAUGUGCAUAACAGUGCUUCUACCAGCAACCCGUUUUGCCUAAAGGACAGGCCGCUGGAAUAGAUUAUGGUGGUAAGUAGAGGUUCCACUGUAUGACUAAGCACUGGUUAGUGGGAGAAUGGAAGACUGAAUGUUGAAAUGCAGUGUUUUCAAAAAGAUUACUGCACUCAAUGGUUAAUUUUAAACCACAUCUUUUAAAGGCAGAAUCCAGUCUCAAACCACUCAAAAGCAUAAAGGUGUUGCAUGUAAGAAAAUUCAUUAGAUUUAUUUGAUUUCAAAAGUGAUUAAAAAUACAAGCUACUGUAAGGUAAUGAUAGUUUUACAACUGACACUCCAAUUUGUGUAACUGUUCAUAUUACAUUUCUAAUUCCUCAUCUCAUCUCUGCUCAGAGAUCAAGAUAGGACAGAGCUAAAAGAAAAAAUUGGUGGAGGAGAAUUAAUGAAGAAUGCAUUAUGUGUGGAUUUAUUUAGUUUUGGAUAUAUGCUGAUCUACGUUAGAAAAGGAAGUAUAAUUGGAAUGUUUCCAGGGUCAGCUGGUGGUUUUUGAAGGGACAGACCGGAUGUUGCCAGCAGCUUCAUCUCUGGAAGGUCCUCCACCUCUCCUUGUCCAUCACUCUCCAGGUGGCACUUGUAAAAAGUACAGACCAUUUGGGCAGCAUGAUGUUAAGUCAUUAUCAGAACCUGCAAUGUUGGGACCUCUUUCAUUUCCUGUUACAUACCUGUUUCCCCCCUUUUCCAGUUCAGCUUUCAUUAUGAGUUAUGGUGUCCAAACCCUGGAACACAGCUCUUUUAAUAAUAAUAAUAAUAAUAAUAAUAAUAAUAAUAAUAAUAAUAAUAAUAAAAUUUUAUUUAUACCCCGUCCUCCCCAGUGAGAGUCGGACUCAGGGCGGCUGACAUCAACAAGAUCACAACAAAACGUAAAAGAAAGAAAAUAAAUUAAAAUGCAGAUUAAAAUACAAUCCAGAUUUAAUUUUUAUAUAUAUAAAAAAUGCAGCCUCAUUUUAAAAUGGCCCCAAUCAAAACCAUAAGGGAGGAGGGAGGAAGUGUUGCAGUU